CAAACACAACUCAACUCUUUGCAAGCCUAUAGAUACAGAUUAAAAUGGUUGUUCUAAAAUCAUCAUCGGCGGCGAUUUCGAUGGCGGCGAGGACGCUGAUAAUUCGUCCACAAAUGACUUCUCUAUGCGCUUUUCGUCCUCGUUUACUGAGCUCUCUAGCUUUCUCCUCUUCUUCCCCGCUCAAAUACUCCCCACCGGAGCUCACUAUUCGCCGGAAUUACCAGUCAAUUAACACCGUUAGUCGCCGGAGCUUCUGUAUCCGCGCAACGACGCAGGUUAAUGAUCCCGGUUCUAUCGACUCGCCUUUGAUGCAGUCCAUGAAACAGAAGAUUCAGGAACAUCUGAAUGCAGAAUCUGUCAGUGUUAAAGAUGCUUAUGGCGAUGGUCGUCAUGUUAGCAUUGAUGUGAUCGCUUCAACUUUUGAGGGACAAUCUGCAGUAAAUAGGCAGAGAAUGGUAUACAAAGCCAUAUGGGAAGAACUUCAGAGCACUGUGCACGCAGUAGACCAGAUGACCACCAGGACCCCCACCGAAGCAGAAUCAAAGAAGUGAAAUUUUAUAUUCAAAUAAACAUGUAAUCAAUGCAUACCUAUUUUUUAUGUGUGAAUCUAUGAGCCGUUUCACAUGUAAGGCUGAGUAACUGAUGGCUUUAUACACACCUACUUAGUUACCUUUUAGCUGAAAGUAGGCAAUGCUUAUGUAUUCAACAUCUAUUCAGUUUGGGUCAAUAGUGUAUUUUGGGCUAAAGCCUGAAUGGCUGAGCGACUCACUUUCA